AUGUUUCCACGUCAUACAAAGCCUCUGGGUAAAUUGUUAAAUCGGAAUGGUGAGGAUAUCAUCUAUCAAGACAACAUUCACAUGUCGACACUCACAGUAGGAUACCAGAACGAACGUAGUGAUCUAUGGAUGGAUGAUAUGGAACGGGGUAGUAUAUCGUCCGAAAGCUCAUCAACAGAAUUUGCGUGUACAAAAACUUCAUUGGCAAAAAAACAACAACCUUGGGAUACGGCAGAAGUAACAAAAGCUCUUUCAAGUCUUCCUGCGGGUGAAACUGCAUUAACACUUAUUUCUACUCUUCACGGUGAUAUUUUGGAGAAAACUCUUGAAGUUUUAAAAUGUAUAAGCUCAGAUAAAACUAAAGAUCAAACUUUAGUCAUUUCAAAUUUCGCCAAUGGUGGUGUCAGAAAAUCUUCUCACAAUGCGCAAAAUGAAGCGGCUGCAUCGUCAACUUCUGAAUCAGUUCUUGCUAAAUGGCCAGAGACUUGUCUUCUUGUUGCCUGUUGGUUAGGACAAAUUGAAAUAGUCAAGGCGCUUCUUCAAAGAGGCACUAAUAUCUCUAUCCGAGAUGGGCAUGGAAGGACUCCGUUACAUCUGGCAGCGUGUGCGGGGCAUGUAAAAAUAAUAGAAAUACUACUAAAACAUGGCGCUAACCCAAAUGAUUGGGAUUUUAAUAAAGAAUAUACAGCGUUACAUUGUGCUGCGGCGAUUGGUAAUCUUUCAUCAGUUAAAUGUUUAAUAAAAUCUGGAGGUAAUGUUGAUGCCGGUCUUCCCGGACGUACACCAUUACAUUAUGCAGUAAUGAGUAAUGCUGCUGACUGUGUAGAAGCUCUUUUAAAAGCUGGUGCUUCUCCGAAUAAUCCUCAAGUAUACACUGAAACUCCGUUACAUGCUGCUGCUAGUCUAGGCGCUGCUUGCAGUGUAAGUUUACUUUUGCAUUAUGGAGCUGACGUACGAGUUCAAUCAGGUGCAGCACGAUCUACACCACUUCAUUUAGCAGCAGAAGAAGGAAGCAGUGAAUGUGUAAAACUUUUAGUCAAAGCUGGAGCUCCAAUCAAUGCUAAAAAUUCACGAGGACAAACUCCAUUACAUCUUGCAGCUUUAGCCCAAUCUGCGGAUACUAUGGAAAGUUUAAUUGCUGAUGGAGCUGAUGUUAAUGCAGAAGACGAUGAUGGUAGGACACCUCUUCAUACUGCCGUAGCUAAGAGUGUCAGAGGAAGUGAAUUAGUUCGAAUAUUAUUACAGGGUGGAUCUUAUGUAAAUAAGCCAGAUAAAUUUGGAUACACUCCUCUUCACAUUGCGGCACUUAAUGAAAGUUCUUUCAUCGUAACUUUAUUGCUGACAAAAGGAGCUGACGUGACUGCCAGAACGAAAGGUGGAAUUUCUGCACUCAGUUUCAUCAUUAGACGUACACCAGAUGUACUUCCAAGAUUUGUUUCACGUAUGGAUCAAGCGAUAUCUCUGCAUGAUCAUGAAUUAGGUGAUGUCGACUGUGAACUGCGCUUGGAUUUUCGUUUUUUGGUACCAGGUGGACGAAGUGAAACUGAUUUAAUGCUAUGUCUUGUUGAAGGUGGUCAAAGACAUAUUCUAAAACAUCCUCUCUGUGAAAGUUUUCUUUAUCUAAAAUGGUUAAAAGUCCGUAAAUUUUUUCUAUUUAGUUUGAUAUUUCAUUCAAUAUUUGUUGCAAUAUUUACAGCAUACAUUGUAGCAGCAUUUUUAUACGAGGCGGAUACUGUUGUAGAAAUAUUUUUUAUGCCUAUUAUUGUUUUUACAGUUAUUUUGACAACUAAAGAGAUUUUUCAAUUAUCUCAUGGUAUUUGUUCGUAUAUAAAAAGAUGGGAAAACUGGUUACAGUGGGGAGUGAUAGUAUCUUCCGCUGCAAUUAUAAUAAACCCAAUUGGUCUGUGGCAAUACCAUGUAGCUGCUCUAGGCAUUUUUUUAGUCUGGGUUGAGCUUAUGAUAGUCGUUGGAAGAUUUCCCAUGUUUGGUUUAUACGUUCAGAUGUUUACUCAAGUAGCAAUUAACUUUUUUAAAUUUCUUGGUGCAUAUUUAUGCUUAAUUAUUGGGUUUGGGCUUGGAUUUAGCGUUCUCCAUAAAAAUUACAAGUCUUUUAAAAGUCCACUCAUCAGUCUAUUGAAGACAAUAAUUAUGAUGUCAGGAGAAUUGGAAUUUGAAGAUGUUUUCUUUGAUGAAGAUGCACCAAUACAAUACCCAGGAACAUCUCAUCUUAUGCUUUUGGCUUUUGUUGUACUCGUCACUAUUAUUCUAACUAAUUUAAUGGUAGGACUUGCGGUAUCAGACAUCCAAGAACUUCGUCGUUGUGCUGGGCUUGAUCGACUUGUACGCCGUGCUGAACUAGUAGCACAUCUAGAAAGUUUGCUCUUUUCCAAAUUUCUUGACCAUUGUCCUCAAAGAAUUGUUAGACCAUGUAGAAAAGGAGCUUUACUUCUUCAUCCACCUCAUCAUUGCGCAAUACACAUUAGACCAAAUGAUCCUCGUGAAAAACGACUACCUAAGGAUUUAAUAAAAUCUAUCUAUCGAUUAGUUUCCGAAAGAAAAAUUCGCAUACGUAAUAAUAUCAACAGCCCUUCAUCAAAAAGUAAUAACUUUGAUCUUGAUGAUAGUCGAACCAGUAGAUUGUAUAGUUUUAGUUCAGUUAAUGAUACCAGUAGGCAAUUGUUAGAAUUAUUUUCUGAGUUCAAAAGGUGCUCAAAAAAUAUUAGUAUGCGUUUAGAUGCUUUAUCAACUAAAAUUGAUACUAUUGCUCGAGAAUUUGAUCAUGAUCAAUUGUAG